AUGACCGGCACCGGCGCCGGCCCCGCCGCCGCCGGAGAGGACGACGCGGCGUGGGAGCGCGCGAUCAACGCCUCGGUGAAGAACGCGCCCAACUCCCCCUUCUCCGCGCCCAAAACCCUAACCCUCGACGGCGCCGUCAAGUCCUCCACCGGCCGCCUGCCCUCGCCGGCGCUCUUCGACCGCUUCCCGUCGCUCGAGGAGCUCUCCAUCGCCGGCGCCCGCCUCUCCUCGCUCGCGGGCCUGCCGCGCCUCCUGGCCCUCCGCCGCCUCUCGCUCCCCGACAACCGCCUCUCGGGCGCCGAGUCCCUCGCGGCCGUGGCCGGGUCCUGCGGCGGCACCAUCCGCCACCUCGACCUCGGCAACAACCGCUUCGCGCACGUCGAGGAGCUCGCGCCGCUCGCGCCGCUCGCCGUCGAGGCGCUGGAUCUGUACCAGUGCCCGGUUACCAAGGUGAAAGGGUACAGGGAGAAAGUGUUUGCGCUCGUUCCGAGUUUGAAGUACCUCGAUGGCGUUGAUGCUGAGGGUAACGAUCGUCUGGAGACUGAUGAGGAUGAGGAUGACGAGGAGGAUGAUGAGGAGGAUGAAGAGGGAGGUGAGGAAGGUGAAGAGGAAGAAGGAGAUGAAGAGGAAGAGGAAGGAGAUGAAGAGGAUGGGGAUGGGGAGGAAGAGGAAGGAGAUGAAGAGGAAGAAGGUGAUGAGCCUGAAGAUGGAGAAGAUGAGGCUGAGGACGAUGAACCAGAUUCUGGUGCGGAUGAGAAAAGCAAAGAAACCAACGGGAGCAAAGAGUCAACAGGACCUGCCCUUCCAGGCAAGAGGAAAAGGGAUAACGAAGAUGAUGGCAAUGGAGACAAAUAAUUUAGUUCCAGGAAUGCUUAUGGUUGGUUGGUCUUUGCGAGUUCCUUGCGAAGGUUUUAGUUGCCGCAUGCUUUUCGGUGGCUCCUUGCUGUGUAGGAGCCUCCGUAGUUUUCUAGAAGAAAGUUGCCCAAAUGAUUCUCUGGAAAUUGUAUAAUUCUAAUUGAGAUGUGGGGUUCCUCCACGUAGUGUUGCUCCUAUCUGUGGAUUGUUUGGCGCUACGAAAUGAGAUGUUGGUUCUGCUUC